GCAAUAGUGGAAACUUGGAAGUUGGGGCAUUUAAUAGAAUAAUAUGGAAUAACUUGCGGAGCUACACUACACAUUCUAGACGUGGUAUGACAGGCAAGGAGUCAACGAAGCUUGUUUGUCUUAAUCAGAUUAUUAUAGUGAAUGACAUACAUGCCAUCUUCAUUCAUUCUUGGGUUAGGUUAGGGUGUGGGAGUGAAAAUGAGAGAAAAUGAUGGUGGUGGUGGCUACAUGAUGAUGAUGAUCAGCAGCUUUGUCCCGGUGGUGGCGGCGGUGGUUGUGAUUAUUUGGUGGUUCGUUGCGACAAGAGUCGUUAAGUGUAAGAAGCUACCCCCCGGAGGAAGAGGGUGGCCGAUCGUAGGCGAUAGCAUCAGCUGGUACAAUGCAGUCGCAAGUUCUCAUCCGGCCGCCUUCGUCCACCAACAAGUCCGACGCUACGGCCCAAUAUUCUCGUGUAGUCUCUUCGGAAAGUGGGCGGUUGCGUCUGCCGAUCCGGCCUUCAAUAGAUUCGUUAUGCAAAACGAAGGCAGGUUGUUCCAGUCUAACUACCCAAAAUCCUUCAGAGAUUUGGUGGGGAAGAACGGGGUCAUUACUGCACAAGGAGAGCACCAAAGGAAGCUUCAUUCCAUUGCCUCCAACAUCAUGCGACUCGACAAGCUCAAGUUUCACUUCUUGCAGGAUAUCCAGAUAGUUAUCAAACAGAUCCUCAGCAAUCUACACCACAAUCAAGUUGUCCCACUGCAAGAUGUUUGCCGCAAGCUAGCAAUCAACUUGAUGGUCAAUCAACUCCUUGGAGUCUCCUCUGAAUACCAAGUCAAUCACAUAGCUCACUUGUUCUCACAUUUUGUCGAUGGAUGCCUUUCUCUUCCAAUCAAUUUACCAGGCUUCGCUUAUCACAAAGCAAUGAAGGCUAGGGAAGGUAUAAUACGCAAGAUUAACACAACUAUCGAGACUCAUAAAAGGAAAUCCUCCCCAGAUAUUGGCAAUGGUGUUUUGGGAAGGCUACUUGAGGAAGAAAGCUUACCUGAUGAUGCUGUUGCUGACUUUAUCAUUAACCUUCUCUUUGCUGGAAAUGAGACCACAGCUAAAACCAUGCUCUUUGCUGUUUACUUCCUCACACAAUGUCCCAGAGCCAUGAAGCAAAUGCUGGAUGAGCACCAGAGCCUAAGGAGUGAAAGGGGUGAGGAGGAGAUGCUUAGCUGGCAAGAUUACAAAGCUAUGCCUUUCACUCAAUGUGUGAUUGAUGAAACUCUACGUCUAGGAGGCAUUGCCAUUUGGCUCAUGAGAGAAGCAAAAGAACAAGUAGAAUAUAAAGAUUAUGUCAUUCCAAAAGGAAGCUUUGUGGUGCCAUUUCUUUCAGCAGUCCAUUUAGAUGAAAAUGUCUACGAGGAUCCACGUACCUUCAAUCCAUGGAGAUGGAUGGAACCAGAAAAUCAGGAGAAGAGAAACUGGAGGAGCAGUCCAUAUUUUGCACCUUUUGGUGGAGGAGCUAGGUUUUGUCCAGGGGCAGAGUUGGCUCGCCUUCAGAUUGCCCUCUUCCUACAUUACUUUGUUACCACGUUUAGGUGGAGGCAGGUGAAGGAUGACAACAUGUCUUUUUUUCCAUCAGCUCGAUUGGUAAACGGAUUUCAGAUACAGUUGAAUAGAAUAUGCCAUGAUCACCCUAUUUCCACCUCUAUCAACUGAACAAACAAACUACAUGUGUAUGUUGUUCAGAAUUCUUCUGGGGUCCGAGGAAGGCUCUUCAUCUGUAAAUUACCUUCAAAUACAUAUGUAAUGUUGCAGAUCUGGAUGUAAAAAAUAAAUACUACUCUUUAUCAAAUCAAUACUGCAAAAAUAUCAAUUUAUUGGGCA